UAUGUGAGCUUCAUGAGACCACAAUACAUCAAUAGAGGAAGAUCUGUGUCAUUAGACAUGGCAGCUAGACUAGGGCUUUCAUUGCUGCUCCUCACAAACUUUGUCAUUUACAUGGCUGGCACCGCAGAAUCUGCAAUUACAAGGCAAGCCAACACUAACCCAGCAGAGUUCAUCAAGUCCUCAUGUAGAACCACUCGCUACCCUGUUCUAUGUGUUCAGAGUCUGAUAGGGUACGCUAGCGUGAUUGGCCACAGCGAGCGACAACUAGCCAUGACCGCUUUAUCGGUGAGCAUAUCCAGGACACGAUCGAGCGCAUCUUUUGUGAAGAAAAUAUCCCAGGCAAGGGGACUCAAGCCCAGGGAGUACAGAGCCGUGCAAGACUGCAUAGAAACCAUAGGUGACAGUGUGGACCGUCUUAGCCAAUCGGUUCGGGAGCUUGACCGUACGGGAAAGGCCUCGGGGGAGGACUUCGUGUGGCACAUGAGCAACGUGCAAACUUGGGUUAGUUCUGCCCUCACCGAUGAUGACACUUGUCUUGAUGGCUUUGCUGGUCCUGCCAUGGAUGGAAACGUCAAGGCUGACAUCAAGGACAGGGUUCUCCUUGUUGCUCAAGUCACCAGCAAUGGACUCGCUUUGGUUAAUCACUUUGCCUCAAGGCACCAACACGCCGAAACUCCUUAGUGCAUUUUUGAAUACACGAUUAAUAACCACGGUGAGCUAAAAUCACGGUGGAUGAAACAACUUUCCCUUUUGUUAUUGUUCACAACUAUUUUGGCUUCACUGUGGUUUUAAGUUAUGGUUGCUAAUUAUUGUGAAAGUGAGUUUAAACUGAAUAGUUUAGUUUAUAUCUGGAGUCAUAUGUCAAAAAAAAAUGUUUUUUGUUUGAUAAAAACAAAAAAUUCAGUUGUAAAAUCUCAUCUUUGAUUA